GCGUAACAUCUCGCCAAAACCCCAACUGACACGUGAUGCGUCGCGUUGUCAUAGUUACCACAACUAAAGUAGACCUCCGUCGUCGUUUAACAUGUCUGAAUCGACAGAGAAAGAAAGACCCAGCGUUUCGCGGACUGCGGUGCGCAGACCCUCCUUCCAGCCCAACACCAGGCUCGGCUCGUCCAGCAGGCGCAGCUUCAGCCUGGAAAGAGGAAGCAAAGUUCUGCAUAAGAGCAUCAUCCAAAGUGCAAAACCAGCUGUUCGGGUUUUUGAUGAGGAGAGCAACGAUGUCACCCCACUGCCGCUGUGUCAGGCAAACCCUGGGGCAGCACAAGCCACAGCCAGCAUCCUCUUUAAGGACGGGGUUUCCGCUGACUCAGCAUCAGACCAGACUACGGCCACAGAGAGCUUCAGCGUGCCUCUCUCCAGGUCAUUGCUAGAUAGCAGCAGAAUAUCCAGCCAGUCUUCACUUUGGCUCAUGAAUGAAGAGAUGGAGGAGACUUCUUCCAAAUGGAACAUUUCCAGCAGCUUCCCAGAUGACAGAGGCAAAACAGAAGCAACGAAAGAAGAGGUGGAGCACAUGCACAAAGAGACCAAAGAGCUCUUUUUGACUGAGACAGACAACAUUUCGCUGCUUAACAUUCCUUCAACUUUCAUUCCGCUGAAUGCUGAUCAUCCAAAAGCUUCAAAGAAAACUAGAUCCAAAGACAAGUAUGUGGACGGAUCCUCGCAGACUUUACAUGGAACUUCCAAAAACAAACAUGUUCAGAGUGAUGGUCUGUUCCUGGUGGAUGCAGGCAUUGCUGUUUCCACCUCCAUCAUGUAUGAUGACACUGAGCUGGAAGAGAGGCAGGAUAAGCCUGAACCAAAACCCAUUUCAGUGGACUUUACUUUAGUGGACUCUGAUGACGGAGGCUCCCUACUUUCCCCAUUGAGAAGUGCAGAGAGGAGCAUGUCAACAGGCAGCAUGACCACUGCAGUCAGUGUGUCUAGCUCCCUGAAAGACAUAGAAAUCUGUGAAAACACUCACAAACCAGUCUUGGAGCUCAUCAGGCUGUCAAAGAAAUUCCAGCACAGUCUACUUGUAGUGGAGAAGACCAUCCUACAGAGCCUAUUGCAACCUCAGUUGGCUGUUUACAGACAGCUUCCCUCACUGAAAGACUGGAUCGUGGAGCUUGAGAGAGAGGAGCAGAGAGAUGCAGAAAUCUCUGAAACCCCUGCCCUGGAGGGUCUGUGGGCUUUCAGCUGUGAGCUCACCAGAGGAUUCAGUGUCAGCAGCAUGGCCUGGAAUAAAAAGAAUCCGGACCUUCUUGCUGUGGGCUAUGGUGAAUUUGACUCCACUAAUGAAAGAGCAGGUCUGGUGUGCUGCUGGUCCCUCAAAAACCCCACGUGGCCUGAGCGUGUUGUGCGCUGUGAAAGUGCUGUGACCUCUUUGGAUUUCUCAGCCACUCGGCCCAGUCAUCUGGCAGUGGGGCUGUUCGAUGGCAGCAUAGCCAUCUACGACAUCCAGAACCCAGACAGCAUUUCGCUUUUCCUGGACAGCAGUAAAUGUCCCAGCAGACACCUGGGGCCAGUGUGGCAGCUUAGGUGGAACCAACAAGAGUUUGGAUUACCAGCAGAGGAGAGGUUAGAGGUUCUAAUCUCUGUGGGGGCAGAUGGAAGGAUCAUCAAGUGGGUCGUUUGCACCGGUAACCUCGGACACACAGAGCUGAUGAAGCUGAAGAGGACGAUUUACAAAAACCCAGAUGCAAAAACUACAGAAAGCAUUUCACAAAGUUUAAUAUCUUCACUGAUUCCUGCGUUGUGUUUGGACUUCCAUCCAACCGAACCUGGUAUCUACCUGACCGGUACAUGGGAAGGUCUCAUCCACAAGUGUUCCUGUUCCAACAACCAGCAGUAUCUGGACACAUACAGAAAACAUUACUGUGCUGUGAACUAUGUUGCGUGGUGUCCUCUCAGUGAUGACAUAUUCUUAAGCUGCUCUGCUGACUGCACCAUCCAGCUGUGGACGCAGAACCAACACAACCCCAUGCUGAGCUUCAGCACAACCAGGAAGGUGGUGCAUGACAUCAAGUGGUCCCCAAAGUGGGCAACAGUUUUUGCUGCAGUUUAUGACGAGCAGCUUGAAGUCUGGGACCUUAAUUUAAGCUGUCUGAGUCCAGUCAUUGUGCAGCCUGCUCUUCCUGGUGUGAGAUUGGCCUCCCUGCUUUUUGCUUCACACACAGACUGUGUUGUAGUUGGAGACAGUUGUGGACAGGUGACUGUCUACCACCUGAGAAACCUGGGUGUUGGAGGAAGCAAGCAGGUAAAUAUUCUACAUGACCUUCUUCACUCUGCAGCUUCUAGUACACUAAAACCAUGAUUGUGUAUUCCCAGUCAAUGAGUCUCUGUAAAAGCUUCCAGCUUCUUCAAAAGUAAACAAUCAAGUCACAAAAUCAAGUAAAAUGAUAGUAAUGUGAUCUUUAAACAGUUAUUGGUUAGAUUAUACCAUAAAUUAUGAUG